CUAUUUGUUGAGCUGGCGUGUGCAAGUAGGGUCAUCCAUAUCUCAGAAUCUGAGCCAUCUAUGGGCAGCUUUAACCACUUGAGCUCCUGAGGAUAUUUACCCCCCUUAAUGACCAGGCCUCUUUUUGCACUAGACGCUGCGUUACUUUAACUGACAAUUGCGCGGUCAUGCAACACUGCACCCAUAUUAAAUUUACAUCCUUUUUUCCCACAAAUAGAGCUUUCUUUCGGUGGUAUUUGAUCGCCUGUGCGUUUUUAAUUUUUUGCGCUAUAAAAAAAAAAGGC